CCCUUUGGCUCGAGGUUUCUCCAGUCUGCCUCGGGCCAGCCAUGCCAUGGGUGGCCCGUUGGAUUUCAACUGCCUGGAGUUUUUCAAGGAGGAGAUCUGGAACGAUGCUGCCGCUGUCAGGAUCGGCGCAACCAGUCAGGUGUAUUUGAUAGCUUCCGCCUUGGGGCCCGAAAAGUCGACAACCGAGUUAGUCCCGCUUUUGGCCCAGGUGAUCAAAGAAGAGCCUCUGUGCAAUGACGAAGAGUUCAUGUACAGCAUGGCCAAGCAGUUUCUGGUGCUCUCGGAAUACAUCGACGGCCACGACGAGCUGCUCAUCGGUCCCCUCGAGCACCUCGCGGCCCAGGACGAGACGCUCGUCAGGGAGCAGGCCAUCCAGUCCCUCUGCGAGAUCGUCACGAAGCGACCCACUCUCGUGCCGGCGCGGAUGGGGGAGUCUGGGCGGCUGGCGCCCUCGGGCCGUCGGCUGGCCACCGCGACCGACUUCUUCACGGCGCGCAUCUCCGCGUGCGCGCUGCUGCCGACCGCCUACCGCUUCGCCUCGGAGGGGCAGAAGGCCGAGCUCCAGGAGGUGUACAGCAGGCUGUGCGCGGACGACGUGCCCAUGGUGAGGCGCGCCGCGGCCCACCGGAUGCACGACCUCGUCUCGGUGUGCAGCAAGGAGGACGUCCUCGGCGGGCUGAUCGGCCUGUACAGGCAGCACUCCCGGGAGGACACGCAGGACUUGAUCCGCGUCUCGAGCGUCCACACCACCCUGGUGAUCUCCAAGAUGCUGAGCGAGGAGGAGAACAGGCAGCACACCAUCUCGGUCGUCAGAGACGCCGCCGAGGACCGCUCCUGGCGCGUGAGGCUGACGGCGGCGAAGAACUUCGACGGCCUGUGCGCCGGCUUCGGCCCGCAGAUCACGUCCACGCACCUCCUGCCCCUGCUCGUCCAGCUCAUGAAGGACAGCGAGCAGCAGGUGCGCACGGAGGCCGUGCAGGUGGUCGAGCCUCUCCUCGCCCUGCCGCGCGCCCUCGCCCCCGAGCAGCUGCAGCAGCGCGUGCUCCCGCAGCUCCUGUCCAUGGGCGCGGACCCCGCGCUCCCCGUGCGCGCGGCCCUCGCCAGGGCCCUCGGCCCGCUGGCAGAGGCCCUCGGGCGCGACGGCACGGAGCGCCAUCUCCUCGGCCUCGUCUCCCAGCUGGCGGGCGACGAGUUCUACGACGUGCGCAUCGGCGCCGUCUCGAGCGUGGGCCCCCUCUGCGAGCUCCUGGGCGACGGCGCCCCCGCGCGCUCGCUGCUCGGCGCCGUGCAGGGCUUCGCCCUGGACGACCGCUGGCGCAUCCGCCAGAAGGCCGUGGAGCAGGUGCCGGGCCUCGCGCGGCUCUUCGGCGUGUCGGUGUUCGAGUCCACGCUCGAGGCGAUGUGCCUGUCCAGCCUGCGCGACCCCGUGCACUCGGUGCGGGAGGUCGCGAGCCGGACCCUGCGGGAGAUCACCAGCACGUUCGGGCCCAGGUGGACCGUGGAGCGCCUGCUGCCCAAGCUCGCGGACCAGUACUCGCAGGGCGCAGGCUACGCGAACCGGGUCACCUCGCUGCAUGCGCUCAAGCAGCUGUCCGGCGCCAUGUCCCCGGAGCAGGUCAUGCAGUUCGUGGUCCCGGUGCUCGUCAAGGCCACCAAGGACGGAGUCCCGAACGUCCGGAUCUGUGCCUGCCUACUAUCAUGUGGCUGGCCGAGAACUGCGACCUAG